GAUCUAGCCAUAGGCAGGGAAGCAGGAGCCAGUUCCUAGUUGAAUCUGCUUUGGGCAUCUUGCUGGUCGGGGUGGUAUCGAAUGGGCUAACCCUGGAUGUUGCCUGGACUCUUCUCCCUGCCUGUCUGUGUGUGCCUGUGCCAGUCUGUCCUGUUGGUGCCCCCUGUCUCUCCUUCGUCCGUCUUAACACCCCUCCCAUGGGCAGUUCUCUCCAACCCAUGCUCCUGUGCCCUGUUGUAGGUGAGAGCGGGGCUGGCCUGGGGCCCUUCUCCUGGGGGCCCUGCCCCCCUGAAAUCCUCUCCACCAUUUACGAGGUGGAAGGAGGCGCAGAGACCCCUGGGCAGGUGCCAGAAGAGGAGGAGGAGGAUGGGAACUACCAGCUCCCCCCUGCUGUCCCCCGUGACAAGGCCCCCCUGCACCUGGGCAGCCUCCAAGCAACUGUCAUGCAGCAGCUGAUCAGCCGGACUCUGCUCUUCUCCUCCACUGGGGAGGCGCCUGUGGGGGGCAGAGGGGCCCCCGUCAUGAGUGAGGUGGAGCUCGGAAAGUGGACAGACCUGCUGUCACCAUUGGAUGAGUCUCGGGCCAGCAUCACCUCAGUCACCAGCUUCUCCCCCGAGGACGUCUCAUCUCCCCAGGGCGACUGGACGGUGGUGGAGGUGGAGACCUUCCACUGACUUCCCCCACCUGCACUGGCUUCACCCCCUCCUCCCCGCACCUCCUCUGGGUAAAGGCUCUGCCUGUUGUGGCUUAGAUCCCUGCUGUGAUCUGCUCUUCUCCUUCCCUUGGCUUUUCUGGGGGACCAAGCGUGGUGGGGUGGCCAGUACCUCUGUUCCAGCCACGCAGAACUUUCCUUCUACCUCUUGGCCCACAGUGGAGCAAGUGGCUUCCCAAGUUGAGGUUAAGUAACCAGGCAGAGGCAGCAACUGGAAGAACUUGUGCUGGGGUGAGGCUUGGCUGCUUCCCCUGAGUCCUUGACUUCAGUUUCAAAUUUCUGAAUUCUGAUCUCAUCCCCUCCCCAACUCCAUGGAGCUCCCAGAGCCUGCAGCCAAAGGGGUGGAGGGUUAACAGCAGGAUGGGCAAAACUCUCUCUUGCAACCCUCCCCCUCCCCCCCGGGCCUCCAUAUACCUCCUGAGUCUGGUCCCCCAAGAGACCGCUUUAAUUUGUUAGCCCUGGUGGCCUCCAUAACGGAUCUAAAAUCUACAGGUUCUUUGGCAGAGGCUGGAAGAGGGGUUGGCAGUUCCCAGCCAGUUCUCAAACAGCCAAGCCCAUCUCUUCACCUCCUUCCCACCCGCUGCUACAGGAGGCCUCAUUCCUUCAGGAGAACAGUGCCAACCACCCAUGGUGUGGCUGGAAGAAUCGAAGCCAUGGGGGGCAGGGCUUUCCUUGCCCAGUGGCUCUUCCCCCUCAAAGACAUUCUCAGGGCCAUGGUGGGUCAGUUGAGUCCAUGAUCUGUCUAGCCUGUGGUAGGAGGAGGGGAGGAAGAAUGACAUGGCCUUAAACCUGGACCUAACUCUUCAAUGAAUGUUCUUUAAUUUCCUCCGGUGCUCGUGGAGCUGGGCUGAUGGGGGAAGGGGGUGUGCUGCAUGCAUGGGGGGUGGUUUCUGACAUGAUUUGCCUGCUGCGUUGGAAGAGAGCAGAGGCCUUGGCUCAUGUUCCUGCUGUUACAUUGUGGCGAUAUGGGGUGGUUGUCUGGUUUUUUUGCUGCUGUGGGUGUAGCCUUUAUGCACAGAUUUGC